GCUGCUUCCGUCGACGGCCCCUCCCUCCCCCUGCCCGCAUCUGCAGCCCAGUUCCUGGGGCCCCUCGACUGCAAUAAAAUGUUUGACGGCCCCUUCCUGUUCUUUACCUCGCCCGCUCUGCUCGCUGCGCUGCUCCUCCUUGGCCAACCGGGUCCCGAGACAGCUGUCGCAGAACUGGCCAUAGUGAUUCCGGAGCAGGUUCCUCUUGACAGGGUCCAUUUUCUGCAACCCCAAAAGAGUGGCCCUGACAAGACCCGGAGGCGACGCUCUGUGCCCCUACAGUUGGAGGAAGGAGCUUCCAGACUGCUCAUUCGCCUCCCCAUAGGUGUUGGGCCUCAUCCUAGCUUUGAUCUUUACCUGAUGCUCCACCAGGAUGCCCAGUUUUUGGCCCCUGAUUUCUCCGUAGAAGAAAUCAGCCAGAACCAAAGCAGCCACCAACGUCAGGCUGUAGACCAGCUCUGCUUCUACACAGGCCAUGUGCUGAACCAUAGUCACGACUCCUUUGCUUCGCUCAGCACCUGUGGCGGACUGGUUGGCUAUAUCCAGAUUGGAUUAGAACAGGUGGAGAUACAGCCUGUCAAUGGGACUGAAUCCUCAUUCAAUGGGAAAGAGCAUUUCAUCAGGCGUAAGAGGUCCAGCCCAGCUCAUCCUCUGAAGUCAGCGAUCCCUAUGGAGCACUGCAGUGUGUUAGCAGAAAAGAAGAGGUCCCCAAAGGUCAAGCUUCUCCAUGACUGGAAAGAACGGAGGAAUGCCAUUCAUCUCACAAACGAGUACACAGUGGAAACGCUUGUGGUGGCAGAUGCUGACAUGGUCCAAUAUCAUGGGGUUGAUGCUGCUCAGAGAUUCAUCCUGACUGUCAUGAACAUGGUGUACAACAUGUUUCAACACCAGAGUCUUGGAGUUAAAGUCAAUGUCCGAGUGACUAAACUUGUCUUGCUUCGAAGACGUCCUGCCAAGUUGUCCAUAGGUCACCAUGGAGAGAGGUCUCUGGAGAGCUUUUGCCAGUGGCAAAAUGAAGAGUUUGGUGGUGCAAAGUACCUUGGGAACAAUCAGGUUCCUGGAGCACGAGAUGACACUCCUCCAGUAGAUGCUGCUGUCUUUGUUACAAGGACAGAUUUUUGUGUCCAUAAGAAUGAGCCAUGUGACACAGUGGGUAUCGCCUACCUUGGAGGGAUCUGCAGCCUGAAGAGGAAGUGUGUUCUUGCAGAAGACAAUGGACUGAACCUGGCCUUUACCAUUGCUCACGAACUGGGACACAACAUGGGUAUGAGUCACGAUGACGACCACGUGUCCUGCACUGGGAGAUCUCACAUCAUGUCUGGAGAAUGGGUGAAGGGCAGAAACCCCAGUGAUCUAUCCUGGUCUUCCUGCAGCCGUGAUGACCUUGAAAAGUUUCUAAAGUCCAAAGUCAGCAACUGUUUGCUGGUAACUGACCCACGUAGCCGUUAUGCUGUGCGGCUCCCGUAUAAACUCCCAGGAAUGCAUUACAGUGCUGAUGAGCAAUGCCAGAUCCUCUUUGGAACCAAUGCAACUUUCUGUAAGAAUAUGGAGCAUUUGAUGUGUGCUGGUCUCUGGUGCCUUGUGGAAGGAGAUGCCUCUUGUAAAACCAAACUAGAUCCUCCUCUGGAUGGGACAGAAUGUGGGGCUGACAAGUGGUGCCGAAUGGGGGAGUGUGUCAGUAAAACCCCCAUCCCUGAACACAUUGAUGGUGACUGGAGCAUUUGGAGUCAAUGGAGCAUGUGCAGUCGGACGUGUGAGACGGGUGCCAGAUUCAGGCAACGCAAAUGUGACAAUCCUCCACCUGGCCCUGGAGGUAAAAACUGCCAGGGAGCAAGUGUGGAACACACUGUGUGUGAAAACUCACCCUGCCCUAGAGGAAUGUCCACAUUUCGAGAUCAACAGUGUCAAUCUCAUGACCGCUCUGCCAACAAGAAGAAGAGUCUCUGGACUGCUGUCAUCAUGGACGAAAAGCCUUGUGAGCUAUAUUGCUCCCCAUUUGGGAAAGAGUCUCCUGUAUUGGUGUCUGAUAGGGUCAUUGAUGGUACGCCAUGUGGACCUUAUGAGACUGACCUCUGCGUUCAUGGCAAGUGCCAGAAAAUUGGCUGUGAUGGGAUCAUUGGGUCUGCUGCCAAAGAAGACCAUUGUGGCAUUUGUAAUGGAGAUGGCAAAACCUGCAAAGUGGUGAAAGGGGACUUCAACCAUACAAAAGGGACGGUCUCCAAUAGUCAAUGUAGGAAGGUUUCCACAUGUGUGAUGGCAAAAACAAAGGCAGUUCCCAAGUGUUUCUCAUGUUAUAUUGAAGCAACAGUGAUCCCUGCCGGAGCGCGACGAAUCCGUGUCAUGGAGGACAAACCUGGCCACAGUUUUUUGGCUUUGAAAGAUUCCAGUAAGAAAUCCAUUAAUAGCGACUGGAAAAUUGAACUUCCUGGUGAGUUUCAGAUAGCAGGGACAACCAUUCGUUAUGUACGAAGAGGGCUGUGGGAGAAGAUGUCUGCCAAAGGACCAACCAAAAUACCACUUCAUUUGAUGGUGCUGUUAUUCCAUGACCAGAACUAUGGGAUACAUUAUGAAUAUACCAUCCCUGUGAAUUACUCUACUGAAAACAGAAGUGAGCCAGAACAUCAGCAGGACUCCCUCUACAUAUGGACGCACAGUGGCUGGGAAGGUUGCAACGUGCAGUGUGGAGGAGGAGAACGGAAAACCAUUGUGUCGUGCACACAGAUUGUUAACAAGACCAUGAUGCUGGUGAAUGACAGCGCUUGCCAGCGGGUAACCCGUCCUGAGCCACAGGUCAGAAGAUGUAAUGUCCACCCCUGCCAGUCCAGGUGGGUUACAGGACAGUGGAGUCUUUGCUCUUCAACUUGUGCCAAAGGCCUCCAGUAUCGGGAAGUGACAUGUGUCUAUCAGCUGCAGAAUGGCACCUAUGUCAACACCAGAGAUCUAUACUGCCUCGGUCCCAAGCCAGCAACGAUACAGAGCUGCGAAGGCCGAGACUGUCUUUCCAUCUGGGAAGCUUCAGAAUGGUCUAAGUGUUCUUCUGAUUGUGGAAGGGGAAAACAGAAGAGAAAAGUCAUGUGUACCAACUCGCAAGGCAAGUGUGAUGCAGCUACAAGGCCAAGGGAUGAGGAAGAGUGUGAAGAUCACACAGGAUGCUAUGAGUGGAAGACUGGGGAAUGGUCCAAGUGCUCCUCAACGUGCGGCAAAGGUCUUCAGUCCCGUGUCGUCCAGUGCAUGCAUAAAGUCACAGGCCGCCAUGGCAACGAGUGUCCCGCCCUCUCCAAACCGGCAGCCUACCGACAAUGUCACCAAGAAGCCUGCAACGAGAAAAUUAACGUCAACACAAUUACCUCUCCAAGACUUGCUGCUCUGACAUACAAAUGCAUGGGAGACCAGUGGGCAGUUUAUUGUCGAGUGAUUCGGGAGAAAAACCUUUGUCAGGACAUGAGAUGGUACCAGCGCUGUUGUCAAACCUGCAGAGACUUCUAUGCAAGCAAGAUGCAACAGAAGAGUUAAUGAAAUCUGCCUAUGCUCCUUGGGGAAUUAUAGCUCAUAUGUACUUCUUCAUACAAUAUAUCAUUAACUUAUGGAACUUGCUGCCACAAGAUGUGGCAACAGCUAUUUCAGUUUAGAUUAGAUAAAUUUAUAGGGAAAUAGGGUCUAUUGAUGGCGAAUAGCCAUGUCAGCUAAUUAUAGAGCCUCUAUGGACAAAGGUCAUAUACUUCUGAAAUGCUAAUGAUAUCACAUUGGAAGGCCAUUUCCAUCUUGCACCUGGCUGGACACUAUUAAAAAGAGAAUGCUUGACUCAACGGACCUUGAUCUGAUUCAGCAAGGUCAACUGUAUCUGGAAAUUGCAAACACAAGUAUCCGUUUCAUUUCAAACACAACUUACUCGAACCCGAUGAAUUCUAGUGCUUACCUAGUAAGACUUGAAGCUCCUUUUGCAGACUGAAUGAAUCAAAGCAAAAUCACCACGAAAAGAAAAAGAAUUCAUCUCAAAGCCAAUCAUGUAGAAUGUUAUGAUACUUUGACAUGGCUGCAUUUUUUUUUUCAUUAAUAUAUAGAUUAUUGCGAGCCACUGGAUGGCUUGUUACCAUUUUUAUUUUUAUUUUUUAAGGAAAAGAUUUGGAACGCAAUUAAAUUGACUGAAGUUAUAUGUACCUCUGCAGAUAUGCCUGUGGCAAAUAAUUUCUCUGUUUACAUCUCUGUGUAGACAGAGAUAUUACUGAAUGCUUCAGACUUGGCUUCUACGCUGCUUUUAAAUAUAGAUGUAUGGAUGGAGGGCAGAUGGUUUGAAAGGAAAGAGCCAUUAAUGAAAUCCUUAAUUUUAUAUAUAAAAUUAAAUCAGACCAACAGUUCUGAAACUUCUGGAAAAAAAUCUACUAUAGCCCUGCCAACCCUCCACUGAG